UGUAUCUUGAGCCUAAAUUAUCUUAUAUUUUUUAAAUUCAUAUUUGUAUAUACAUUAUGUAUUUUGAUUUUAAAAUUGUCAAAUUUUUAUAAUCGGAGAAAAUUAAAAUGUUAAAAUUCAGCAGGCGUGCUUUAUAUAGUUUCCAUACAGUUGACCAGCAAGAGUCUAUUGCAGCUUCUGAUGGAGAACUCCCUGUUCCACUGCCUGUGCCGCUCAGUCGCAGCAGCAGUCUUAGAAGUGUUGGAAGUAUGUGUGUUCAGAACGAUGAUAUUGGUCACGUCGCAAGCUGGGCUGUAGGUUUCGAGAGGCUGCUUUACGAUCCUCUGGGAUUGGCUUGUUUUACUGAAUUCUUGAAGAAGGAAUUCAGCGAGGAAAAUAUCGCAUUUUGGAUAGCUUGUGAGAAAUACAAGAAACUUACAGAUGCCCAAGAGAUGAAGGCAUGUGCCAGGGAUAUUUAUAAUAAACAUCUGUCAAAGAAAGCCAACAUGCCGGUGAACUUGGACAGCCAAGCAAGACAAGAGGUUGAGGCACAGUUAGAAAACCCUACACCUACGUUAUAUAAUAUGCAACAGAAACAGGGUUUUAUGAGUAAAAUAUUCCAGUUAAUGAAAUUUGACAGUUAUUCACGUUUUCUGAAGAGUGAUUUAUACCGUGAGUGCAUGAAAGCUGAACUUGAAGGCAAAUCAUUGCCCAUUCCACCGCCAAAAGAAUGGGCAGACAGCGCGACAGAUGAUAGCUCUGUAAGAGAUGGCAAAGAAGAUGUGAAAUCGAACAAGAAGGGGGAGAAGAAGAAAAAAGAAAAGAGUAAAAAAUCAAAGGAGAGUAAAUCAGGAGACAGUAGCCUAGAUACAACGGAUGAAAAUAUUGGAGAGAAAAGAAGAAAGUCAUUUAUGCCGUGGCAUAGAAACAAAACUGGUAAAAAAGCCACCAAGUCUUCCAGCUUUGAGAAGAAAGAGAAAAAAGAAGACAAGUCAAACGUGGUGAAAACAGAGGGAAGUUUAACAGCGAGCACUGGAAGCCGGCGUAGUUCACUGGCAAGUUGCGAUUUACAAAGAUUUAGUAGUGAUGUCAGUGAGUCUUUAGAACGAACCAGUAGUACUGGAUCCAGCGAGAUUAAAGAACCGCAUAAAUUUUGUCGGGUGAUAUUACCGGAUAAUUCCACCACUGUGAUUGCUGCAAAAGAAGGACAGUCUGUCCGAGCGGCGCUGAAACUUCUCUGUGAACGACGGAGAAUAGCGGUUGCAUCAAUGGAGGUGUAUGACGUGAAAACGAACCAUAUGUAUAACCUCCAUGAUGACCUUUCAACUUUGGCCUCCAAGGAAGUGGUUGUGGAAAAUAGAGUGAUGUUUAAGGUUGAAUUACCAAGUACGAACAAAAGAACGAUUGGAGUGAAGUCGAAACCCAACAAAGCCAUUAUAGAUGUACUCAGACCGAUAAUGAAUAAAUAUAAUUUGUCAUUGGAUGGAAUGGUUGUUCACUUGAAUGCGUCACCAGUCCCUCUAGAGUUGGAUAUUGAGGUAGCGACGUUGGAGGGUCAGAGGGUCAUUAUCGAACCCUAUGCACAGUAUGCAGCCGGGCGCAUUAGCAUGGGUCGACCGCCCGUCCCGAAAAAUGGUAGGAUCCGAAAAGCUGAUUCAGUGGACAAUUCUCUGGAUGAAUCCAAUGUUCAUGUUGUGCACAUGAGACCUGCUAAGAGUCAUAAGUAUGGUGGAGUCGCGAGUGUGGUGGAGUCGCGAGUGUGGUGGAGUCGCGAGUGUGGUGGAGUCGUGAGUGUGGUGGAGUCGCGAGUGUGGUGGAGUCGUGAGUGUGGUGGAGUCGCGUGUGUGGUGGAGUCGCGAGUGUGGUGGAGUCGCGAGUGUGGUGGAGUCGCGAGUGUGGUGGAGUCGCGAGUGUGGUGGAGUCGCGAGUGUGGUGGAGUCGCGAGUGUGGUGGAGUCGCGAGUGUGGUGGAGUCGCGAGUGUGGUGGAGUCGCGAGUGUGGUGGAGUCGCGAGUGUGGUGGAGUCGCGAGUGUGGUGGAGUCGCGAGUGUGGUGGAGUCGCGAGUGUGGUGGAGUCGCGAGUGUGGUGGAGUCGCGAGUGUGGUGGAGUCGCGAGUGUGGUGGAGUCGCGAGUGUGGUGGAGUCGCGAGUGUGGUGGAGUCGCGAGUGUGGUGGAGUCGCGAGUGUGGUGGAGUCGCGUGUGUGGUGGAGUCGCGUGUGUGGUGGAGUCGCGAGUGUGGUGGAGUCGCGUGUGUGGUGGAGUCGCGAGUGUGGUGGAGUCGCGAGUGUGGUGGAGUCGCGAGUGUGGUGGAGUCGCGAGUGUGGUGGAGUCGCGAGUGUGGUGGAGUCGCGAGUGUGGUGGAGUCGCGAGUGUGGUGGAGUCGCGAGUGUGGUGGAGUCGCGAGUGUGGUGGAGUCGCGAGUGUGGUGGAGUCGCGAGUGUGGUGGAGUCGCGAGUGUGGUGGAGUCGCGAGUGUGGUGGAGUCGCGAGUGUGAUUUGUUUGACCUUGUAGCCCGUGCUCAACGUAACCGCAUGGACGACCAACGAGGAAUGACACCCAAUUUAGAACUUCCUGAAUUCUUGAGGGUGCAAGCUAAUGCGCGAAAUGCUCCUGGAAGCAGACUGAAACGGUCGCCACCUGUUUGCAAAGGUAACGCUGCAAACCAGUGGCAACCGAAAUCAGCGUCAGAUUCUGAGAAUGUUGAUGAGGUUAAUCCAAAAAUGUCUACCGCUUCCCGAUGUGAAGUGUAUUAUCCACCAAGACCGCAUUCCACUCCACCAAUAAGACAAAUUCAGUCAAAUGACCUGAGCUUCCGUGAUGGGAUACUGCCAACGCACCAUGAGGCCGAAUUUGCCUUUGGUGGAUGGUCAGGAAUAUCAACACCAAAAUUUGAUGAUUCAGAGAUUUUAGGACUAAGCUAUAGAGAAGACAACCCACAAAUGGAAUUAUCAUACAGAGCCAAGGAGAAAUAUGCAAAUUUUGGAAAUGUGACUCUGACCAAAAGUAAAAGUUUGUCGCAAAACAGGGAGGACCUGAGUAGAUUGAGUCCGAGUGUUUUCAAUCGGGAUCAGAUUAACCGCAAUAGCCCAGUUGUACGUUUUGAUAUUAAAGACGAGGCUGAGAAUAUGCUGAACACUACUGUUAUUGAAUCAACGAGAUCAGGUCAACCAGACAGGACUGAACACAAUCUAGAUAUUGAUGAUCUGGACACGACAAUCACAGCGUCAAUGCCACCGCCCUCCCCUCCAUCACCAAGUGAAGUAAACAGGACUUACGAAUGGGAAGAGGCCAACUACAGUCCUCCUCCCCCAUUGACUUCGCAGGAACGAGAAGCUUUGAUGAAUGCUUCCUCAAGGACUAAGGCCUCUGGGCCACCUAAGUGUGCCCCUCCUCUGCCACCAAAGCCAAAUUUGGCUAGUAGAACAGACAAAACGCAAUUGCAACAGCGUCAACAGCACGCUCGGCAGUUUCCUCACCAUCAUAUGCAUCAUCCGCAACAGCGACCGAAUGCAUUACCCGUGAACAGUCCCCCUGAAUCUGACAAGUCAAAUGAAAGUGAGUGCUCUUCUGUGUCGCCGACAUCAAUACCCUCGCCCUCCACACACGACCUCUUCGUUUCUUCUCCGUCGCCCACUGAUAAACCGGGGACAAACAAGACAAUCCCGAGUAACAGCACCAUGUUCAAACAACCAACGGAGUUACAUAAGGAGGACGAGGACAAACUAUCGCUGGGGAGAAGCAUCUUAGGGGACCAGUAUGGCAGUAUACUGAAAAACUGCAAGAGCCGCUCACGUAGUGGCAUCUCCAUGCCUUCAGACAAUGACAGUAUAGUACAGUUAGGCAAAGAAGGUGAAAAGCUUCGCAUUACCUUUGUUUAG